UUCAGUCCUCUAAUGGUAUCUAAUUACACUGAUGUUAAAAUGCUAAGGGUUUUUUAUUGGCCCUGCAUCUCCCCAUUAGCCUGUUUCUGUUGAGGUUUUGAUGUCCUGGUACUGCACCUCUGUGUUUGUGUAGAGCUGAGGUUAAAUAGCUCAUCAUAGGGCUCCUCUGCACACAAUGCUUUCAGUUAUGUAUUGCUUAGAAAGGCAUGACAAAGUCUGCAUGGGCCUGGUGUCUUUAAAUGGAUGGAUAAUGAGGGUUGUUGGAAAGAUAGGGACUGUGUCUUCCUAAGGAUGGAGGAGACAGGGGUGCCUCUGCUCUGGAACUUUGGAAAUAAAAUAGGUGAAAAUAGAACCCCCUGGAUUUCUUUCAGCUGGAGCCAGGAGUCUGUUCACAGACUCUCCUACCAAGCAAUUUUCAAAAGGGGUCUGUAGAAUAAUAUAUGUGCAAGUAUUUUGAGCAUCUUGUUCAGUGUGAAAAAAGUUCCUUUCAGAAUUGAUGGCACUCUUAUGCUUUUUAGUUGAUGAAUGCAGUAACAGGCAGUUUAGUUAGCUUCCUGCUUAACAAAGGCAGCAGGUAAUUUCUCAGUACCAGGAUUGGACAGUUACUGCAUGUUUUAACAAAUGUGACCAUUACUUCCAAUAAUGUCAAACAAAACUUGAAAGAGUGAAAAAACAAACAGUAAAGAAUUCAUUUAAAUGUGAAUAGAUGCUGCAAAGGAUAAUAGAUAAAAAUGUUUUACAGCUUAAAAAAAUUAAACACAGAAUAUUGAAUUUGUGCUAGGUCUGCUUUUGUGAGAAGAACCUGGCUCUAAUUUUAACCCCAGGAAAUGAGGGAUUCCAUGGGGUUUUUUUCCCUGGUAUUGCUACAAGCCUAGCUUUAGCCAGGUCAGUUAAAUCCAGAACUGAGAAUCAUUAGGCUUCUGUUGCUGUGCAGUGCUAGGCCUAAGUGCCUCAGGGCUUUGACUCGAGGCUUUGUAAAAUUGCCUUUUAUCUAAAUUCUUUGCAAGUAAUUGCAUUUUGGGCAUUCCACAUUGCAGCUGAACGACACAAACCAAGUGCACCUGCGGUGUCAGUACUUCUGUCCUGUUUGCAGCUGGUUCCUCUGCUGUGCUGGGUUUCCUCACUGAUGCUUCAGUAGUGGCAGCUGGCUCGGGUACUCUUUCCUUACUGUUCUGACUUUGAAAGACUAACAUAACACAGUCCUCACUCUUGCACCCAAAGUCCUCACUCUUACACCCAAAUCCCUGCUGCUCUUUGCUAUUCUCUAGGGACAUGCUUUUAUCCAGGAUGUCAGAAGGCUCGUGCCAUGCCUGUGGAGUGCAGGGUGUGCCAGGCAGUGUUGGGCUGCAGCAGCGUGGCCUGGCAGCCCAGGAGCAGGCGAGUGUGCCGAGUCUCUCAGCAGAUGGAGCAGUGAGUCAGCCUCAGGCACUGCAAGGGCAAAGCAAAGGCUCUGACCUCUGUGCAGAGGGGCUAAACAGCAAUAUCCAUUGCAGCUCUGGAGGAAAGAUUGGCCUCUUGGAUAUAGGGAAGGGAGCAUUAUGGCAUGGCCUGUACAUACAAACAAUGCUGUUUGGAUUUUAUGCAAAUCAAGGAACAUACAAGGAAUCUCUCCGGAUGUGUUUGCCAUAUGAUGAUGCCUUUUUUUCAUUCUCCAUUCUGGGGAAGGGAGGAUUUGCAAGGCACAUUAAGUCCCUGUUCUGUGUUGUCUUCCCUGUGCCAUGGUGUGACCCUGCCCUCCUAAUAUAAGUAAGGUGCUAACAGUAACAGAUUAAAAUUCAGUCUCAAAAAAAUGAAGAUGUCUUGCCUGCAGUGUAAUGCUGUAAUGAACUAAGAAGUUCUCUAAUUUAAUGACACCUUUCUCUCAGUCUUGAACUUCUAAUUCAGAUUCUGUCUGCGAGUCUGUCCCAGUGUUCCUGAUCUUAGUAAGUGAAAUGUUCUGGAUUUAUUUAUGUGCAUAAUUACAGAUGCUCUGUUGCUGCUGCUGCUGCAGAGAAUAGGAGAGGGGCUCACAAGUACUGUCACAGAAAUAGGCGUGUUGGCAGAAAUGGUAAAUUUCAAGUAGUUGCAGUGUCUGGGGAAGAAAAGUCAGAGUGCAAUCUGAAGUGAGGGGAGUGGGGGUAAGGUGUUACUGUAGGCUCUGGAUGACAGUUUGGUGUUCCCUGUAUUUAUAUUCCCCUUUCUGGUAGCACAUAGCUGAACCGUGUAAAUAUCUUUUCAUCUGCCACCUGCUCCAGCAGCACAAGAUGGGUUGCUGUCCUGGAAAUUCCUUUGGAGCUCAGGUGGGCUUCAGAGCAGCUCAGUACACAGCAGUAGUGAUGUCACCUGCGUCCUCCUCCACUCCCAUGGCAGUGUUUGACCCAGGUGUAGGCUCUGACUUUGAGCUGAUUUUGAAACUGACACCAGGUGCAUCACCAGGAUCAGAUUGCCUAUAAGUGUUUAGAAGACCUGGAGCCUUUUGUCCAUGCCACAGCAAAAUUUUGGAGUAUUUGUUUUUUUUUUUUGGGAUCCAAAUCCUCCUUAAACAGGGUAAUACAUAGUGGUGUGUUAUAAGGCUUAAAUUGUUACCUAAUGAGAAUGGCUUUAGUGGCCUUGCAUUCCUUGUGGAGUUGUUUAUUUUGUUUUAUGCAGAUGCUGGGAUAGGAUGGCUCAAUGUAGUUCAGAGAUUUGCUAUAUUAUUUACAGAAAUUUGAUGAAGUGCAGAAAAUAAUUGGGGUAUUUUAAUGUGAAUCUGCACCACUGGCAGUUGUAGAAUGGGAAGGAUUUUCUCUGGCACUGACUUGUACAUGUGGAUGUUUGCCUGAAGAAAUGGUGGACUGUUGCACAUAGACUGGUGCAAAGUAAUUUGCAGUUGUGUAAAGCAUUGUCUUGGCAAGGAAGAGCAUUGUUUAAAAAAAAAAGCAUAGCUAUUAUGUGAUGUAUGGCAAGUAAAAAUCUUAGUGGGGUCAUGCAUCUUUCAGGGCUGUCAGCUGAAAAUCUCUGUGGAGUGAAACUUUUCUAACCAACAGUUUAAGUCCAGUAAAAGUCUUUGAGAAUGAGGAGAAAGAAGUAUUCAUUUGUUUUCCUUGGGGUUUGAACCAUUUGCAUCAGUUUUGGAAAAGGUUAAAGGGACGUUUGGCCGUAGAGGGCCCUCCAGUGGUGGAGGGCAUAGUAAACAUGGGUGGGUUUGGGUUUGGGAUGGAUUUAUAGCAGGGUUGCUGGAAACAGGAAGAGGUUUGGGGUUGGUUUUGGUUUCCAAUUAGAUUAUUUUUAAUGCAAAAGGUACGUUUCUCUACUCACAUCGUUCAUGCAUUGGUAUAUAUUUUACACAUAACUGAAAGCAACUUGCUAAACCUCUAAUUGCAUUGCCCCACAUAUAUAGAGAGAUACCUGCAAACUGAAGAAUGGAUUUUAACAGAAGUUACAUUUUGCUACUGAUCUGGGACAGGUGGGAAGGAAAAGGGCACUUUAUAAGGUGCCCCUCUGACACCUGUAAAGCUAUGUUAUUGAAGGGUAAAAACAGCCUGAGGUUUUGCAUUUUAUCUUCCUAUAUCAGAAAUAAUAAGCAAUGUGGUAAGACAUAUAUCUGGCUUAGAAGCUGUGGAUUAUUUUUCUACUUCAAUAUUUAAUUUCCUGUUUUAUCUUUUUGACUUUAUUUUAUGAACUAUGGUGUUGCAGAAGAAGAAUACUUUUGAUGAUGUCUGCCUUUAGUUUUGACUUUUCUCUGUCAAUUCUAGUGCAGUAAAAUUAGUCAAUUUGAGAAGAGACAGAAACAAAUGGUAGAUAGGAGGGACUGCAUGUAUUAGAAAGCUCUAUUUAAAUCAACAAGUAUAAAAUUUCUUUUGUUAAUUGCUACUGUACAUCUGGAAUCCUAUCUGAGUAAAAAUAGUAAUGGUUUGCUUUUUUGAGAUACUCAACAUUGCAAGCUCUCACUUCUGGGGAAGCUGCAAGAUCUGAGGUGCUUUUGAGAAUCUUGCCAAAGUGUCAGAGGAGGAAAGCAAAGAUAUCAAAUUAUUGCCUUGCCAGAUUUUUAAGGGCAUGACAGUGUUGCAUGAGGAAAGUGGCUUCAUUGCCAAAUGGAUCAUCUUUCCUUUCAGAGCCCUCCCACCCUGUUCCUGCCUAAUCCUCUUCUGACAGGAAAAAUACUGUAAUAAGACAAACACCCUGAGAGCUGUGAGUGUAGAUGUGGGGCAUUAAAGGGAAUGUUUGCUCGCAGGAUUGUGACGUGAGAUCAUGUGUAGUAAUGAUGACUAAAUGCUGUGACUGCACAAGGUUAUGUAAAAAUUUUCUUACCUUUAUGUUAAAAAAAAUGAUGCAGGAUGUUUGUUUUGGAGAAGUGAGGAGUGGGAGGGAACACUCUGAGUAUUUCACAGGUUAGAGAAGCGAGAGCUCUUCAGGUAUACUUUCCAUGGCAUGACUGUAUUCUUUGUCACUGCACCCUUACUGCUGCUCAGGAGGCAUAGCCCUAGCCUGGGACCUGCUUCACCUACCACAUACAACUGAAGAACCACUGGUGCUCAUCUUUGUCACUUUUACACCCAGUGUGAAUACUGACUGAAGGCAAAAACUGUAUGACUGAGGGGGAACAGUUGCUUUCUGAUGCUCUGUGUAAGUCCUUUGGGCAAGGACUUAUGGCAGCUAUUAUUUAUGCAGGGUUUUUAAAAGAGUCUUUGCUUUGGUGUGCUGGUACCUCAUCAUUGGAGGGAAGAAAACAUGAGCUUUUGCUGCUCAGAUCUUUGAAGAAUGUCUAGUUAGAUGCUUUGAAAAAUUUGCCCAAAGUAAGCUCACAUGUAUUGUGUUUAGGAGAGGGAGGCAUAUUCAACAACUGUUUUCUAUAGACCGGGCUAUUUUAGAGAUGUAGCAGCUGAGUUUUCUGGAAGUCAUGCUUCACUUAGGAAAAUACUGGAAUGUAUUUUUCUUGUGUCUUUGUCAGAGUUUAAAUCAAACAAAGAACCUUGAAGAAGUAAGUCUUUAAAGAUUUGAAGGGAUGGGCUUUAGAGUAAAUGUAUUCUGUUUUUAAGGAAACUGACAGUUGUCUCUUCAUGCUGUACUGCAGGUUUUUGUGCUUUGCGUGAGGAUGGGAAUUAGUUCCAAGCCAGGCUGAUGAUUGAUUGAACUGAGUCAACUUUUGUUGAGGUUUCCAAAGCAUUGCACAAGAGGUUUGAGGGGAAAAAGUUUGGGGGCAUGUGACAGUUAAUCUCAUUAGCAGUAAGAAUGAAGUUUAAGCACACUGUUCAAAAUUUACUCAGUUCUGUGCUGCUCUUUGUUUUAAUUAACAAUCUCUUGCAUAGAUUGGGAGUGUAAACUUCUUUCCACUUUAGUCCAAUUAAAUCAUACUUGGAAGCUGUCAGUGGUGGGGGGAACUCCUCCCUACCCCCCUUCUUUUAAUUGUUAAGUGAGUCUGUUGAAUAAUGGAAGAAUUUGCCUGACAAGGUUUUGUAGUGUUUAGUCUUCUUGAUGAAUUAUUUCAGAGGAUAGACGACAAUGCAUUGGAAUGAUUCCUCCAAUUCCUCAGAAAGUGACAAUGAAGCUCAUUCAGCCUUCACACAGACUGAGCACAACAUAGUUGCAGCUUACUUAAUAACAGCAGGAGUGAUAAGCAUUCUCAGUAACAUUGUUGUGUUAGGCAUCUUUGUUAAGUACAAAGAGCUUCGGACAGCAACCAAUGCAAUUAUUAUCAACUUGGCUUUUACUGAUAUUGGUGUUAGUGGCAUUGGUUACCCCAUGUCUGCUGCCUCAGACCUGCAUGGAAGCUGGAAAUUUGGAUAUACUGGAUGCCAGAUCUAUGCUGCCUUAAAUAUCUUUUUUGGGAUGGCGAGUAUUGGUUUGCUGACUGUUGUUGCUGUUGAUCGUUACCUGACCAUCUGCAGGCCUGAUAUAGGAAGAAGAAUGACCACCCGUAGCUAUGCCACUCUCAUCCUUGCUGCCUGGAUAAAUGCAGUCUUCUGGUCUUCCAUGCCUACUGCAGGCUGGGCCAGCUAUGCUCCCGAUCCCACUGGGGCAACGUGCACAGUAAAUUGGAGGAAAAAUGAUGCGUCCUUUAUUUCCUACACAAUGAGUGUAAUUGCUGUUAAUUUUGUUGUGCCCUUAACAGUCAUGUUUUACUGUUAUUACAAUGUUUCCCGGACAAUGAAACAAUAUGCCAGCAGUAACUGCCUGGAGAGCAUUAACAUAGAUUGGUCUGACCAAGUAGAUGUGACAAAGAUGUCUGUUGUGAUGAUUAUCAUGUUCUUGGUGGCAUGGUCUCCAUAUUCUAUUGUGUGUUUGUGGUCUUCCUUUGGAGACCCAAAGAAAAUUUCUCCUGCAAUGGCCAUCAUAGCUCCUCUCUUUGCAAAAUCUUCCACAUUCUAUAACCCCUGCAUUUAUGUCAUUGCAAACAAAAAGUUUCGGAGGGCGAUCCUGGCAAUGGUGCGCUGUCAGACAAGGCAAGAGAUAACCAUAAACAAUGCUUUGCCCAUGAGUGUGUCUCAAAGUGCACUGACAUCGCAGAACUCCAGUCAUUUGCCUGCAUAAGUUACAUGGAAAGGAGUGAAAUCUGGGUUCAAGUUAAUUCAUCUUUUGGACAAUUUCUUUUUGAAUAAUAAUCUUUCCCAGCUAGCUGGUUUGUGUUAGUCGCAGUAAUCUUUUUAGAGAAGCUAAGGAGACAAAACCUGCCAAGACUUUAGUUUUUGAGAAUGAGGUUAAUUGGUCCAAUAUGUCUGUCCCAAACAAAAAAGGGUAGCAAAGUGGCCACUGUGACUCUUACAGAGCUAGACAAGGUGACAAAGGGGCCAGGAAAGACAGAACUGCAAAGUUCUUAGGUUCAAUAAUCCCAGAUUUUUCUUAUGUAUUAAUUCCUUUCAUGAGGUACUUUCCACCAGGUUCCCUUGAAAGUUUUUCAGAUUUCAAAUAUUCUGAAUACUCCCUAUGGCUAUAUGACUUGGUAUAUGUCCAUACCUAUUGUCCAUGUUGAUAUGCUUUGCAAAGUUCUGUUUCUGUGAAUAUGUUAGGGUGUCAAAAUAUCUACACUGAUCCCAUAGUGUAAAUAUUUGGUUUUGGUUUUAGGGUUUUGAAGAAAUUUCAGCAUAUUUAAAGUAUUUUUAAAAAUUUGACUGAUAGAACCAAAUUAAUUUGUAGUAAAGACAGCUUUUGUUUUGUAAGCAGCAUGUUUCUUUCUAGUGCUUGUGACUGCACAGCAAAUCCUGAAAAUGUGACAAAAUGUACCCUAAAGCUUCUCACUUGGUUGGUGCAUAAAACUGAGUAAAUAUUUAUGGUAAUUUCUCAUGACUUCUAAGUCAGUCUUAUGUUUAUGUAGGUCUGAUGUUUGAUUUUCAAAAAAUACCUUUGUCAGUAUGAGCAGUGGAUUUGUUCAGGGUGAAAAAGAUGACUGCAUAGAUUUAGCUUCAACUAUUAUGUGUGUGUGCAUAUGCAGUUUGGCUUUGCAAUGUAAAACUUAAAGGAUAUAUGUAUUUUUGGCAAAAGCCUGUUUUUAUGGGAUUUUUUAAAAGCUCUGGAAUCUAGGCUUCCUAUGAAUUUGCCAUUUUCAGUAUUAAAGAAAAUGCCGUGCAAUAUCCUCAUGGUGUACUAGAUUUCCUUCAGGAACUUUGGAACACUUUAUAGACAGUAUAAUAUAUGCACUGCCUCUUGGAAGAAAAGAGAUAUUUUAUUACACACUAACUUUACAAUCUACACAUUAAAACAACCUUGGAACAUGGCUGGAUGUGAUUUGAAGCAGUGUGUUCUGACAGAGUAAAGAGUGAGCUGCUUUAACUGAUGGCAUUCAGGACACAUUUGAAGGUUAAGCAACCACAGAUCUGGGCUAAUCUGUUGUAAUCUGCUGUUACUAAAUGGAUGGCUACAUUCACAUUUGUAGCACACUGCACAUGAAUGCCUAGGAGUAAAGCUUUCAC